CUUCCAUCACCCACCGCAAGUUUCUCCAGCAGCAUGUCGGUCCUGCUCCAGACUUCGCUUGGCGAAGUUGUCGUGGACCUCCUCACGACGGAAGCGCCACGGACAUGCAUCAACUUUCUCAAGCUGUGCAAGAUCAAGUACUACAACAAUGUGCUGUUCUUUAACGUCCAGGAGAACCUCUUGGUCCAAAGUGGGGAUCCCACUGGGACUGGUGGCGGCGGGGACUCGAUUUGGCACGUCUUGGAUCCCAGUGCCCCUCGCGCGUUUCCCGACGAGCUGGCUGUGAAGCCAAGCUUGAAGAAGGGGUGUCUUUGCAUGGCGAAUACCGGUCCCGACACGAACACGAGUCAAUUCUUCGUGACGAUGCGCGACGACGACCUCGAGCACCUGCUCAAGCACACCGUGUUUGGCCAUGUCGUCGAAGGCAUUGAAAUCUUGGAGAAGAUAUCCGAGCUGUACGCCGACGAGAAGGGCCGUCCGUACCAGGACUGCCGUAUCCUGCACACGUUUGUGUUAGAGGAUCCAUUUCCGGACCCCAAAGGACUCAACGAGCCGCCAUCGUCGCCAGUGGCCGAACGCCCCUCAGCCGAAGUAGCUGAAAUCCGAUUGAGCGUGCUGGAUAACUUGAAUGACAACGACGGGAAGACGGAAGAAGAGCUGCUGGCCAUGCAGCGCGAGCGCGAGGCCAAGUCGCGUGGGGUGUUCCUAGAAGUGGUUGGGGACAUCCCCGAUGCCGACGUCAAGCCUCCAGAGGAAGUCCUGUUUCUGUGCAAACUCAACCCUGUCACGACGGCGGAAGACUUGGAACUAAUCUUCUCGCGCUUUGGACCAUGCACCGCCCACAUCAUCCUCGACUACAAGACUGGCGACAGUCUCUGCUUUGGGUUUGUCGAGUUUACAGACAAGGAGCACUGCAUCGAAGCGUUCUUCAAGAUGAACAACGUCCUGAUUGACGACCGCCGUAUCAAGGUCAACUUUAGCCAGUCCGUGUCCAAGCUCUGGAACAAGUUUCACCGGAAAGACAAGAGAAUUACCGCCAACGAUGGCCAAGAGACGAGUGAGCCCCGAGGCGGCGGUGGCCACCGAGCCCCGCCCUCUCGCCACGUCUCGCUCAAGCCACAACGUCCCGAGUCUUCGUACAAGCUCGUGGACGAACCGGACGACGCAAAGCCCCGCCGACGGUCGCAUCGUUCGCGAAGUCGCGACGACAGGCACCGCCGGUCCAAUUCUCGUGACCGAUAUGACGCAGAGGAUCGGCAUCAUCCAUCGUCUCGCCAUGCCAACACGAAACGGAGUGAAGAAGACCGAGACUCGAAGCGGCACAAAGCGGACGACACAUCGAGUCGCCGCCAUCGGCCUCGAUCGAGAGAACGUCAUGUACGUGCGCGCUCGAGAGACAAAGAUAGCCGCAGCAGUCGCCGUUGAGUAGAUGCCCCAAAUGAGUUUAUGCGCUGUUUUUACGAGUUGGCAAUGCCCUGGACUGUCCAAUUUGCCAUCGCCUUCGACCGUUUGGUAGGACGGAAAGGCAAGCGC